AAAAAAAAAAAGGAACGUAGAUACAUGAAUCCAGCGGUGAAAUUUCUGUAGCUUUCCUCGAUCAAAAUCUAGUUCCGUAUGUAUGUUUCCCGGCGGUGUUAGUCCCAACAUUGCUUUUUCCAUCGCGUAGCUGGAAACUUGCCGACCCGCUCGAUGGCCCCUCCCAAUUUCCCAAGAUCGGAUUCUUUCCUUCAAUUUUUAAACAUCCUUAAUAGCUGAAGAAACAAAAGGCGAAGCAAAAUGCCCAUCAAGAAUGAAAACACACCACCAUGGCCAAGGCCAGCUCAUCGAGUCGUAGGCACCAUAGCCCUCCUAUCCGGAUCCGAACAAACACCACGCUAUCGCCGCCGCCUGACCCGUCGCGCGCCUAUCCGUUCGGCGACGCUCUUCAUCCCGCAAGACCCGAGCGAAACGCCCGAACAUCAUUUCCCGUUACAAACCAUAUCUGCGCGAUCGACGCAGUCCCGCUUCAUAAACCGGUACGAUAGCCGCGAGAUCCUCGUCCUAGUCGACGGGAGCUGUAUCAACAACAGGAGCAAAGAUGUAGUUACCAAACCGCUGGCCGGUGGGUGUAGCUUCACAUACAAGAGUCCUGGGGGCGUCGCGUUUCCGUUUAUGGAGGGGAGCCGGAAUGAUGGUGGGGUGGUUGGGUUUCCGCUUGAGAAGCGUGGGCCUGGGGGUUAG